AUGGCUUCAUCUGGGAAUGAGAUAGAAAGGUGGACUCACAGGCAAGGUGGCAGAAUUGGAGAGCUGGUGGAGUCUGUGGCCUCUCCUGAACCUGGUAAUGGUCUUUCACCGGUGAAGUCAGUCAUCUGUGUGGAUCAUAUCUUGCACCUCCCUGGCAGAGCAGACUCUGCUUAUAGCUCUUUCUCAGGGGGAUCAAAUGCUCCAGAGUAUCCCACCCCAUCGUGCUAUGGUGAAAACUGCUCUUUGCCUCCAGAGCAGGGACCGUACAUGGACUCAGAGUAUGUCAGAGGAAUUUAUAAUCUCAGCACAGCAAACUCUGACCUCAGAUGCCUGCAUCCACACAGGACACCAGACCCGAGCACCCAUAACAACUCCCACAGCACCAGUCUUGCUGCACGCUGUGGAAGCACUCCCACCCGAGGGACUUUAAACCAGGGACCGCUGCCUCCGACUGCACCUCCACCUUCUCCUCCCACACGCCUCGAUAGCUAUAAAGUCACCAAGCACCUUGAAAACUCAAGAGGGAGACGCAGCUCUGGAGGUCAUGGUGAGUGCAGCGUGCAGGACAAUCACGUAGCAGAUAGGGAUGUGCCACGGAGUCGAUACAAGGAUGAAACUGCUGAGCAAGAUGUAGUGGCUGCUAGGAGAAAGACUCUGGAAAAUAGGGGCCUUUCUUCUUCUGAUUCUACAAAUGAAGCAUCUGUAUCAAAAAUUCAGGGGUUAAAGACAGAGGAAAAUGGAGAGUGGAGCCCAUCCCAACAACCUAGAAAGAGAAGCAACCCACACAUUUUCAGCAGACCUUCUUCAUUCAUUUUUCAAGAGUAUUUAAAGACUGACUCUGUGGCUAAUGUCCCUAAAAUACUUUCUGCUUAUAAUUCAGUUCAUGCUUAUAAUAUUCCUGGAGAGAUGAACUCCAGGUGCUACCACCCGGUGCAUACCAACCCUAGCGCUGUUAAUGAUACACAAGAAGACAAACAGCAUCCCUGCAGUCUACGUCAGCCAACUUUCAGAGAAGCAGAUCUGCAAAGCAAGGUGCCAGAACCCAGCCACCGAAAAGGAUCCUUGCCCUGUGCUCAGUGCUCGCUCCGUGCCGAGUUGCAUUCAGACAUGGAUCAAGAAGUCUUUGAGGACAGUUGUGACUUAAAAUAUAUGGAGAAUGCUCUUCUCAUUAAAAACGCUUCCAGGAAGCUGAGCAGUUGUUCAGAUGAAAAUCAGCGCUAUGGCUCUGAAGGAAAAACUGGGAGUGACGUUAGGGAACCGCUCCUGAAUCAGCAAGCCAAAAUGCAGAGAUCAUCACUGUCCUGCAGCUACGAUGCUGCAGAAGCAGAGCACCCUCGCUGUGAGGAGUCAGAUCAGGGAAGUAAGCAGUGCUACGACAACACUAACCAAGUGUCUUUUUUCAGACCGAAGGAAGAUUGCACAUCUCAGUUUUCACACAAAGUCAAGAAAGAAAGACAGGCUAAUAACGGCAGUCCUGACCCGCGCACGCAUCUAGAAGAGGAACCUCCUGUUCAGAAAUAUCACCCUGAAUUUCCAAAACAGCUCUUAAGGCAGCUUCGGGAUGACCUUGCUGAUGAACAAAUAACCAGGCAGACAACUCCCAUGCUUUACUAUCUUUCAGGGGGGAAGCCCACCAACAUCCUGCACCACAACAAACUCACCCAAUGCCAAGAGGACUCAAGGACCUCACCAAAGGAAUUUCCAGCAAGCAGCUCCUCUGCCUCAGCGCUGUGUCUGGAGAUACAAAAGCAAAGCAAUCGCCUUCAGAGGACCAACCACCACCAUGAGUGCAGUGCUGAUGAUCUGCGUGAGGCUGAAGAUCUCAUUCUCGGCAGUCCUGCUUCAUCCACAGAUGAGAGUUCCAAGAAUGACUACAGAGAGAAACUCAAAGUGGCUCAGAAAAAGGUUCUGAGAGAAACUUCCUUUAAAAGAAAAGACUUGCAGAUGAGUUUGCCUGUUAGACUCAGACAGAAACCCUCUAAAAGACCUUCAAUUGAACACCUUAGGUCUUUCUCAUUAUCCAGUGCAAGUGAGGAUGCCAAACCUGUUCCUUGUUCCCCUUCUCACCUAGAAUCCUUGGAAAGUUUCCACAGAGAUGAAGAAAUUAAGAGGCCACAAACAGGUCGAAUAGGGGGAAGGAAAAGGGUAACAAAGGAGCAAAAGAAACUGUGUUAUUCUGAACCUGAGAAACUGGAUCAGCUGGCAGAUAAGGAAGUAUGGAGUCAGGUCAGGGAUGAAAUCUCUGAGGAGGAUGCAGUUGCAGGUAGGAGGAAGACUCUGGAGAACAGAGGGAGGGCACUUUCCAGUUCAAGCAUCUCCAGGACGGAGCUGAAACAAAUCCAGCAUACCGCGCUUAUCGAGUACAUGGAGCGAAAGAUUAACCAGAGACCAGGCAGUUCCCAACCCCUCCCGCUGCACAAGCCACCCCUGCUGAAGAGGCUGUCACAUCCCAAAUGGCCUCCUGGCAGGGUUUCCAAUCCAAAUGGGAGCAGGAAGGUGCAGAACACAGAGGUUUGCUGCCAAGUUGUCUCUACAGAAAAAUCUCCAGAUGUUUUUCCCCCUUUGACGUGUGUUCCCCCACUGAGCGUGACCAGCGGACGUGAUCCCAGCUCUGCUGCUGCAGCCACUUCAAAGCACGACCCAGCUCCCAGCGGAGCAGACAGGAGCCGCACUGGGAAGUGUGCAUCAGCCGAAAGCCUCCCACAGGCUGGGGAUCCUGCGGCUGGGAGAGCUCACGAGAGGUCAAAAUCCACUCCUCCUUCCACACAGGAUGCUUACAGAUGUGCUGGAGGCCCAGCGGCGCUGUCUCGGCGUUGCGAGAGCUUGUUCGGCACCCCCAG